AUGAGCCACCUCACAUCGUCAUUCUGUUUACUUGAUAUCCUAAUGCCUGUCUCUAUCACCAGGCGUGGGGUGACCGAGACACCGGGUGAUCUCUUCGAUGCUCCUGAAGGCUCGGCCCUUAUUCAUGCAUGCAAUUCUCAUGGUUCUUGGGGCGCAGGUAUUGCCAAGGUGUUCAAGCAAAAGUACCCUGCCGCAUACCGCUACUACCGCAAUCACUGUCAAACAUAUCGUUAUGGGGUCACCAAUCACUCUAUCCCCAACCUUCAGGCUGAAGACGAGAGUACAAUCACAGUGCGGCUCCCACUCGGCACGGCUCUUAUCAUUCCACCGCAACCAAGCGAUGGCAGGGGCGGUCGUAAAGCCCACUGGAUCGUGUGCCUUUUUACUUCGCGUGGUUAUGGCAAGCGAGUCGACUCACCAGAGAUGAUCCACAACAGUACCCAUGCAGCGCUCCAUGAUUUGAAGAGUCAGCUUGAUUCUCUGCACAUUGAUCUUCGGGACAGCCAAAAUCUUCAACCAGGGGAACUCUGGUCCUGCCGGUUCAACUCUGGUCUGUUCGGGGUUCCUUGGGGGAAGACGCGUGGUUUGGUGGAGAAUGUCGGUUUGGAUCUGAAGGUCGUGUAUCCAGCUGAUGCUACCAAAGAGACCGAUGGGAAGAACGACUCUUAG